AUGAGUGUUCUCAUCAUCUUGUCUGUGGCCGCCGUACUGGCUUAUAUACUGUUUUUUAAAAAAAAGUCAAGUCAAUAUGGCGGCUUAAAAACCGCGCCGGGGCCGACGCCUUUGCCUGUUAUAGGUAGUCUACAUUUAUUGGGAAAACACGAAUCUCCAUUUCAGUCUUUCACUGAGUUAGCUAAGGAAUAUGGCGAUAUUUUUAGUAUAAAAUUGGGGGGCGCGAAAUGUUUAGUUGUCAAUAAUUUGGAAUUGAUCCGUGAAGUUUUGAAUCAAAACGGCAAGUUUUUCGGCGGGAGGCCUGACUUCCUGCGUUUUCACCAACUCUUCGCUGGCGAUCGGAAUAAUUCCUUAGCUCUUUGCGACUGGUCAAAUCUGCAGCUUCGAAGGCGGAACCUUGCUCGGAGACACUGCGGCCCUAAACAACACACCGACAGCUACGCAAGAAUAGGCAGCGUUGCCACAUUCGAAUCGAUAGAACUGAUACAAACCCUGAAAAAUAUCACAAGAAAAACAGAAUCUAGCGUUAAUUUGAAACCGUUAUUGAUGUCCACAGCGAUGAACAUGUUCUCUCACUACAUGUGCAGUGUAAGAUUCGACGAAGAAGACGAAGAAUUCAGGAAAAUUGUCGAUCAUUUCGACGAGAUAUUCUGGGAAAUCAAUCAGGGUUACGCCGUUGAUUUUCUGCCGUGGUUGGCGCCGUUCUACAAGAAACACAUGGAGAAACUGUCCAAUUGGUCGCAAGAUAUCAGAUCGUUCAUAUUGUCGAGAAUUGUCGAUCAGAGGGAGAUGAAUUUGGACGUUGACGCGCCUGAAAAAGACUUCCUAGAUGGUCUACUAAGAGUGCUUCAUGACGAUCCUACCGUUGACAGAAAUACAAUAAUAUUUAUGCUAGAAGAUUUUCUUGGAGGUCAUUCUUCGGUCGGGAAUCUUGUUAUGCUUUGUUUGGCUGCUGUAGCCAGGGAUCCUGAAGUCGGGAAGAAGGUUAGAGCAGAAAUUGAUGCGUUGACUAAAGGAAAAAGGGCUGUAGGACUUACAGACAGGAGGCAGCUGCCGUAUACUGAAGCGACUGUUCUUGAAUGUUUAAGAUACGCGUCUUCGCCUAUCGUGCCACAUGUGGCUACGGAAAACGCCAAUGUUGCCGGCUAUGGUGUAGAAAAAGGGACAAUUGUCUUCAUUAAUAACUACGAAUUGAACACGUCAACCCAAUAUUGGAGUCAGCCCGAGAAAUUUGAUCCGACAAGGUUUUUGGAGCGAUCAAAAGUGAGAGUACGCAGGAAGUCUCAGUGCGACUCAGGAAUGGAGUCUGACAGCGAGAGAACAGGUCCCAUAGACAAAAGUGUGGAGGUUGAAAAAGAGGUUGUGUCUGUUAAGAAGAAUGUCCCACAUUUUUUGCCAUUCAGCAUCGGCAAGAGAACGUGUAUAGGCCAAACUUUGGUCACAACGAUGAGUUUUGUCAUGUUCGCUAAUAUAAUGCAAGAAUUCGAAGUGGCAGCCGAGAAUGUUGAGGAUCUAAGACAGAAGCCAGCAUGUGUAGCUCUCCCAAAAGAUACUUUCAAUUUGUAUUUAGUACCACGAAAACAUUGAAUUUAAU